AUGGCUUCAGAUCAGGAGGAUGACGAUUUCCUCGGAUUUUCUGAUGAUGAAGGCGACGGCAUUAACUCCGAUUCUGACUGGGAGGGAGGUGAUAAUGCUGCUGGCUUGGUACAAGCUUCUGAAAAUGCUGCUGAUUUUGGGGACUUUGAGUUCAAUGAAGAUGUACCAAACAGCAAUGAAGAUGUACAACAUGUACCAGCAGAAGAUGGAAUGGGACAUCAGCAAAAUACCAACAUUCAAGAGAUUCCAGAUUCAGAAACUCUUUUGUAUGGGACAAUAAGGGAUGCAGUGAUAGAAUUUGAUUACACCAGAAAAACCAUAGGCAAAAUAUGGGACAGAGCAAAGAAACAGAAGCAGGCAAUGAAUUCAUAUGUUGUGGAAAGCAAGUAUCACAAUUGUGGCAGGAAAAAUGUUCAAGUCUCAUAUGGCUCUAUUGCACAAAUAGGAAUGGGGGACAGAACAUGCAUCGUAGAUCUUGCAAAAAUGCUCAAUUUGGGAGCAACAACAGUAUGGAGACUCAUCAAGAGGAAAGUUAUUAAGCCACACUCAAUUUCCCUUGCAUCCGGGCAUUUCAGAAGCAUGCAAAAUGGCAAGGAUGAGGGGGUAAUCAGACUGAUAAUGGACUACACUAUACCACAAGAACCAACAUAUUGCAGCAUGUAUUACUUCAUUCAUAUUGAUGAGAAGUGGUUUUAUUUGACUCAAAAAAACCAGAGAGUUUAUCUUGCAAACAAUGAACCCUAUCCACGCAGAAGUGCAAGUUCAAGAACUAAAAUACCAAAAUUCAUGUUCAUGGCAGCAGUAGCCACCAGACCAAGGUGGGCUGAAAAUGGGAAUUGUGAAUUUGAUGGUAAAAUAGGCAUAUUUCCAUUCACAAAUGCAAUUGCAGCCAAGAGGACAUCAAAAAACAGAGUUAAGGGGACUAUUGAAACAAAGCCAGUGAAGUAUGUAAAUCAAAUUGAAACAAGGGCAAUGAUGAUCAACAAGCUAAUUCCAGCAAUCAAGGCAAAGUGGCCACCACAUGAAGGGGAAAAGGUCAUCUAUAUUAUUCAAGAUAAUGCAAAGGCACAUAUAUUGCAAGAUGAUCCUGAAUGGCAACUACACUACAAACAAGAUGGGUUCACUUUUGUGUUGACUCAACAGCCAGCAAACAGUCCAGAUUGCAACAUCUUGGACUUGAGAUUUUUCAGGUCAAUACAAUCACUUAUGCACAAGAAAAUGCCUAAAACUGUGGAGGACUUAAGUGGAGCAGUUUAUGACUCUUUUAAUGAAUUGCAUCCUAAGACUUUGUCUAAUGUGUGGAUGACACUACAGUUUGUUUCUAAUGAGAUUCUAAAACACAAGGGCAACAAUGAUUACCAACUUCCACACAACAAGAAAAAUAUACUAGAAGAUGAAGGCAGACUGCCAGAGCAAGUCAAGACACCUAUGUGGGCAGUAAAUGAAUGCAUACAAUUGUAUGAUGAAUGGAAAGCAAACCAGUGA